AGUCUUAUCUGCUAGUUCCUGGAGCUGGGAGGCGAGUGCAGGAGGCGAUAGGACCGGACUACAGUUCCCAGCAUCCUCAGCUCCCGCCGUCAGCCUGCGGCCCAUACCCGCAGCGGCUCUUCCAGGUUCCAGGUUCCAGGUUCCAGUACCUGGGGGAGUCUCGGGCUCAGAACCCCGGGAGCUCCGGUAGGUCUCUGGGACCAGCACUGCCCAGUUCCGGCGGGAGAUGGCCUUGCGGCUGGGCCGGCUGGGCUCGGGGCCCUGGUGGCUAGCGGUGCGGGGUGACUAUGGACAGAUGCACGCCGCGUCCCCGCGCAGCGCGUCCGCCCGCGUCUGCCGGCUGCCUGGCACGGCUGGUACCCAGCCUCGCCGUGGGCUGGGCUAUGGCCCCUCGGCUGGAGGCGGGUCCCGGCUGGGGACCGGGCUGGCCGCGGCGCUAGCGGGGUUGACAGGGCUGGCAGCCGCUGCCUUUGGGCACGUGCACCGGGCGGAGAUGGUGCCCAAGAGCUCGGGGGCGCGGAGCCCCUCACCUGGACGGCGGGAGGAGGACGGGGACGAGCUGGCCCGCCGCUGCAGCACCUUCAUGUCCUCACCGGUGACCGAGCUGCGGGAGCUGCGGAGGAGGCCCGAGGACAUGAAGACCAAGAUGGAGCUGAUGAUUAUGGAGACCCAGGCCCAGGUGUGUCGGGCGCUGGCACAGGUAGACGGAGUCGCCGACUUCGCUGUGGACCGGUGGGAGAGGAAGGAAGGAGGUGGUGGCAUCACCUGUGUGCUUCAGGAUGGGCGUGUGUUUGAAAAGGCUGGGGUGAACAUCUCUGUCGUUCACGGGAAUCUUUCUGAGGAAGCAGCAAGCCAAAUGAGAGGCAGAGGAAAAGUUCUGAAGAAGAAAGAUGGUAAAUUGCCAUUUACUGCUAUGGGUGUAAGCUCUGUGAUUCACCCCAAGAAUCCUUAUGCACCCACCAUGCAUUUCAACUACAGAUACUUUGAAGUAGAAGAAGCUGAUGGUACGACACACUGGUGGUUUGGGGGUGGAUGUGACCUCACACCGACAUACUUGAACCAAGAGGAUGCUGUCCAUUUCCACCGUACUCUAAAGGAAGCUUGUGAUCAGCAUGGGCCAGACUUCUACCCUAAAUUUAAAAAAUGGUGCGAUGACUACUUCUUCAUAGUGCACCGUGGGGAGCGGAGGGGCAUUGGCGGCAUCUUUUUUGAUGAUCUCGACUCUCCAUCCAAGGAGGAGGCGUUCCGCUUCGUGAAGUCGUGUGCUGAGGCUGUGGUUCCUUCCUAUGUUCCCAUUGUGACAAAGCACUGUGAUGACUCAUACACGCCCCAGGAUAAGCUGUGGCAGCAGCUGAGGAGAGGGCGGUAUGUGGAGUUUAAUCUGGUGUAUGACCGGGGCACCAAGUUUGGCCUCUUUACUCCAGGAUCCAGGAUUGAAAGCAUCUUGAUGUCUUUACCUCUAACAGCAAGGUAAGAAGAUUUGUGUAGUAAGUGUGUGUCAUAGUAAGUCUGUGUGAUAGUAACUCUUGUCAUAAUAACUCUUGUCAUAGUAACCCUGUGUCAUAGUAACUCUUAUCAUCGUAAGUCUGUGUCAUAGUAACUCUUGUCAUAGUAAGUCUGUGUCAUAGUAAGUCUGUGUCAUAGUAACUCCUUGUGCCCCAUAGAAUCUGCACAUUAGCCCUGACAGUGUGUUACCCAAUAAGUCAUUUGUUUUCAUUUUCCCAAUUUUUAUAAGAAAAUUGUGGGAGAAAAAGGCACAAUUUGGAUUUCGUAAGAAGUGACAGGAGGUACGUCCUGGCUUUGUGUAUGCA